AUGCAUCGCCAAUCCAGCGUCCCCAUUGGUAGCAUCCUGUACCGGUACCAAACCUCCCCCAGUGGUGGUGGUGGUGGUUGUGGUGGUUGUGGCUAUGGUUAUGGUCACUGUUCUUCACGAAACAAUGCAUCCGACUCAUGGCUCCAGUAUGAACAUGUCAAAACCGCUGUAGUGGAGACAGGGGACGUCGGGCGUCGGACGUCGGAUAUCGGACACCGGCGACGCAUGCAUCAAGCAUCCAUUGCGAUCAAGUGGGAGUUUUCCGACCCCGAGCGUCUCAGGGCGUCCCACUCCCGACUCUCCUUCUCCCGACUAUGA